AUGAAAACUCUCGACGUUGUCGUCGUUGGCGCAGGCAUCGGUGGAUUGGCCACCGCUCUGGCCCUGGCCACUGACGGGCAUCGCGUGACGGUUCUCGACGCUGUCAAGGAAUUUUCAGAGGUCGGCGCUGGCAUCCGCGUCCCGCCCAAUUCCUCGAAAUUGCUCCGCUCCUGGGGCGUCGAUUUGGAUAGCCUGAAGAAAGAAAUCUCCCACGGCAACCGCUUCGUCGACUGGAAGGACCACAGCCGCAUCCUCCUGGCAGUCUCGUUCGAUGACAUGCCGCAGCGGUAUGGCGCGCCUUACUACUUCCUUCACCGCGCCGAUCUCGUCGACGCCCUGCUGCGCGCCGCGCAGACGAAGAAAAGCAACAUCGCCAUCAAGACCAACAGCCGUGUCGUCGAGUAUGAUUUCCACCGUCCGGCAGUCAUGACGGAGCAGGGUGUCUGGUAUACUGCCGACCUGGUCAUUUCCGCCGAAGGCAUCAAGUCCUCUGCCCGCGCCGCCAUCAACGGCGCUGCCGUCGAGCCCCGAGAUACCGGUGACGUGGCCUAUCGCAUUGUCGUCCCUGCAGGCCCGCUGCUGGAGGAUCCAGCGAUAAGAGACCUCGUCACAGAGCCGUGGGCCACGCACUGGAUCGGCCCCGAGGCGCACGCCGUCGGCUACCCGCUGCGCGGCGGCGAGCUGUACAACAUCAUCAUCGACGUCACGCACAACACGGACCUGGGCGAGCCCGUCCGCGAAGGCGACUGGAAGAAGCAGGCCGACAACACGGAACUGGUGCGGCGACUGAAGGACUGGUGUGCGCCUGUGCGGAAGCUCUGCGGUCUGACGGGCGAGUAUCUGAAAUGGAAGCUGGCGGACCUCGAGCGGCCGCUGCAGCGAUGGGUGCAUCCCAGCGGCAAAGUCGCGCUGCUGGGGGAUGCGUGUCAUCCGAUGAUGCCGUACAUGGCGCAGGGAGCUGCCCAGGCGAUCGAGGACGCGGCAUGCCUGCGAGCAGCCCUCGCAGCGUACGGGGACGAGAGCCUCGUAAAGGCAUUGAACGUGUACGAGAAACAGCGAGCGCCGCGAGCAGACUACAUCACGAAGAACACGCGCGUGCUGCAGGAAUGGUGGCAUCUGUAUGAUGGGCCAGCGCGUGAGAAGCGAGACGAGCUGAUGCAGCGGGACGACGAAAGCAAUCCGAUCUUCUGGGGAUAUUCAGUCCGGAAGGACUGGCUGUUUGGCCUUGACGCUUCAAAACUGUUGGACGGUGAGGACUUGAAGAUUCCGAACCUGCCCCCGAUGCCUCCGCAGGAUGCAUCUGUCUAUAAGACAGCAAAAGACGCGAGGCUAUAA